AACUUAGAAGGCGUUUGACUACGCCGCUCGCGACGAAUGCGCGAGCGCGCAUGAGCGAAAGAGAAAGAAGGAGAAAGAGAGAGAGAACGCGGCAUCGUGCCCCGCACGCACGAAUAACGAACGAACGAACGCACUCGGCGCGCGGAGAAAGGAGCGUUUCGAGACGAGAGCCGAGCCGGCCAUUAUUUCGCGCGGGUACACGCGCGUUCGUAUACGCAUCGCGUCGCCAGUGCCGUGUCGUGUCGUGUCUCGUCAUACGUGUCCCCCCGCGUUUCUCUCUCUCUUUUUCUCUCUCCCCCCUCCCCCGCGUUCGUUACACGCGCGUGCCCGAGUUCCGACUCUCGUCUCGCCGCCGAAGUCUCUCCCUCGUCUCCCGGGCGCUCCGAUUUUCUUGCCCUCUCGUUUUUCUUCAUCUCCCUCCUCCCGCGUGCCACCCUCUGCCGCCCCCCUGACUCCCCUGCCCGCUCCCGGCCGUCACGGCGCGCACGCACACCCGCCGCUCCGUCUCCGUCUCGCGUCUAAUUUUCGUCAUCUAUACUCGUAUCCCCGAGACGCCCGUGCUUCUCCACCUUCGCCGGUCUAUCUCGCGUCCGUUCGCCGUCCGCCGUCGCGUUAUCUAUUUAUCUAGCGUAUCUGAAUCGCGCGAACGUCCGUGAAUUUAUCUCCAUCUCUGUCCGUCGAUCCAGCGACCGUCUAUAUCUCCGUUUUUCGUUCCUUCUCUCUUUCUCUCGCGCGCGCGCCGUCUCCGUCCCCCUGGGUGCCCCCUCCGCACGCGCGUUUCUUCUCUCUCUCUUUCUCUCUCCGCCCGACUGUCUUCCUCUCCUCUCCUCACCUUUCCUUUCCUUUCCCGUGCCUGCUCUCUCGGCUACACGACGGCUCAUUCGCUCUCGGUGCUAUGUCUACGUACUCUCGUACCCAGGAGAGCGACGCGUGGGCCCUCCUGGCACUCAAGUCGGCGCCGGCGAGCCCGUCGAAGAUGCAGUGGAACCCGGAGUCGAGCGGGGCGCCGAUCGCGCGGCUCGAGGCUCGCGAGUUCGAGUACAUGGUUAGGCAACGGCGCAUCACGAUCGGCCGCAACAGCAGCAAGGGUGAGGUCGACGUCAACAUGGGCCACUCCAGCUUCAUCUCGCGCCGGCACCUCGAGAUCUUCUACGAGCACCCGUUCUUCUUCAUGGUCUGCAACGGCAAGAACGGCGUGUUCGUCGACGGGGUGUUCCAGCGCAAGGGCGCCCCGGUCUUUCAACUGCCAAAGACAUGUACAUUCAGAUUUCCAAGUACAACGAUAAAGCUGAUGUUCCAGUCGCUUGUCGACGAGCAGGAACAAAGUAACAUUCGCGUGCCGUCGCCGCCGAAGCAGCGGGCACCGCUGCCUCCCCUGCGAAUAAACAUCCCGGACGCCGGAUAUAGCAGCCCGUUCCCGUCGCCCACGGGCACGAUAAGCGCCGCUAAUUCGUGUCCAGCGAGUCCGCGUGCCGGCCAGGGCAGGAGAAACAUCUCGGCGGACUUACAGAUGGCCGCGGUGUACGCCGCCGCUGCCGUGGCGAACGAUUCGCAGAGCUCCGCCUUGGAUAGGCACAACUUGGAGAGGCACGACGGCGGGCAGAGCUCUAGCAGGCAGAUAAGCCCGGAGCCCGGUGCCGACGCGCGUUAUCGAGGUGGUAACAGUUCAGGACCGAACGGCACAGCGCCGCGAUACAGUCCACCGAAGGACGACUCGAAACCGCCGUAUUCCUACGCGCAAUUGAUCGUCCAGGCGAUCGCUUCGGCGCCCGAUAAACAGCUCACCUUGUCAGGGAUCUAUUCGUACAUCACCAAGCAUUAUCCCUACUACAGAACCGCGGAUAAGGGCUGGCAAAAUUCUAUACGGCACAAUUUGUCGUUGAAUCGAUAUUUCAUCAAAGUACCCAGAAGUCAGGAAGAACCGGGGAAAGGGUCGUUCUGGAAGAUAGAUCCCCAAUCGGAAACCAAACUUAUCGAGCAGGCAUUCAGACGAAGACGGCAACGUGGUGUACCUUGUUUCCGCGCGCCCUUCGGGACGUUAUCAUCAAGAAGUGCCCCGGCUUCGCCGUCCCACGUAGGAAUUAGUGGAUUAAUCACGCCCGAGUGUCUAAGCAGAGAGGCUUCCCCAGGACCCGAAUCUUAUCCGGACAGCUCGGUAUCCUCUCCGGCUGGGCAACUCGCGACGAGUCAAUCGGCGCCUGGCUCUCCUGGACAUCCGUAUACAUCGUCUCAGACAACUCACAAGGGACGCCUGGUGCAAACAGUGGUAACAAAUGGUGUCAGUGGCGAUGCCACAGGAAGAGAAGAAAAAUAUUUGGUGCCUGGGAACGCUGUAGAGGACCAUUCUUUAUCUCCAGCUGGCCAAUACAGUCCAGCUCCUGUUAUUGUACAAACAACAUAUAAUUACAGUGGAAAUUUUAUCAGCCCCGAUGCUGGCAUUGGGGGGAUUAGCAAACGCACUCAUGAAGAAUCGGACAGCUCGCCAGGUUCACCGGCCCCGCUCGCGAUCGUCGAGAGCCCCGAGCCUCCUGAACACCAGCCAUCGCAAUCGAAACGUCAACGUAUCCACGAAAUGGAUGAUCAUUGAACUGAUAUAUCUAGCAUCCUGUUACGUAGAACAUUACAUUUACAUUAUUUGCCUGUCGUCGAACACACACACUGCAAACUUCAUUUUAUUUUAACCGCAUAACCCGCUUUAGACUGCACAUAAUCGAGAUCGAGCGUCAGUUCUAUGUUCUCGCGAGAAUUACGAGAAAACUGUUGUGUGUACGAGUCCGUAAAAGAAAAUCAACCACUGAGAGAAAGAACGACGAGCGCAGAAGACACUUUUCCUGUCCUAGGCUUCAUGUUCUCGACAUGAUUUCCUCAACAACAGUCAAUGUACAUAAGAUAUAUAUACUUUAUUAAAUGCUUUCUCUUUAUGACUUGUUAACUUCGGCAGAAGAUAUAGUAUAUAUGUAUAUGGAGCUUAUUUGAUCGAAGGUCAUCCAAAAUAGUAACAUCAGCUGUUGCGCUGACACAUCAAAUUGCAAUAAUGUGAUGCGGUAACGUGUGCCAUUCAGCGUUUAGCCGAUAUAUAAAAUAGACAAGAGAGGAGAGGAAGAAACGAGAGUGUUAUUCAGUGUAAUCCAACCGAAUGGAGCGAGAAAAAAAGUGUUUUAUCCAUAGCGAUUUAUCCAUAUAGCUGAAUCCGCUGACCGACAUCCAUUUCACUCGCGCGAUUUCUGUUUUUCGUAUUAUUGCUUGCACCGGCUUGGCGUCGUCAUCGCGACUAGACUGCAGAUUAACGAUAGGCAAAGUGAUAAGAAGAGCGAGAAAAAAAAAUAGAUUAUUAUUAUUACAAUUAGCGCUCUUUAAGACGCUCAAUCGUUUUAUCUGAGGGCAAGAUAAGACACGAAAUGCUAUCAGUGCGACAACGAGAAGACCGAUAAAGAAACGGGCGGACGAAUCAUGACGAGCUUCUGUAGCGUUGACGCGAUGGUCUCUGUUAGAGAUUGUUACCAGAGCCAGAGAAAACAAAAAUAGAGCCUUAUAAUAUUUUACAUUGUGUAAAAGUAGGGACGCGAUUUUAUGGUGUAGUGGAACCUAAUUCUAGCUGAUCGCGCGGCUGAACACAGGAACACUUAUUUUAUAAACGCUAUUUCCCUCACGUGCGCGUUCACAAGUCGGGCGAAUGAGAGGGAGAGAGAUAUCUUCCGCGUCGAGGAUUUUUUCAAUUUUCCAAAGUUCUCGCGGCCUUUCGAAUGGGCGAUUGUCGCAACAGGACGGUUCACCUAAAUCGAUCAUCUAUAAUAGUCUUUUCGUUUUUAAUAUUGGAAGAAAUUGUUUCUGAAGGAAUUAAAAGAAAAAGACAAGAUAUAUGUAUAUAAUAAUAUAUUAUAUAAAUAAUAUACAUAUUAUAUAUACAUAUAUAAAAUGGAGAAGGAAGAUUGGAUUGAAAAUUUAAGUGAGAUAGUCGCGGAGCGAUGUCGGAGGGGAUGUAGCUGCGGUCGACGAUAAUGAUGCCAAACUCGAUUACUGAUUUCUCCAGCGAUCGGUUUACUUUUUCUCGUGCAAUCGUAGUUAAUCGUAAACUCGCCGAUCCCCCUAGAACAUCGGCGUUAGACAAGAUAAAAAUAAACACAAAAAAAAAAAAACAGGAAAAACGACACAUAAGUAGCGUUAGACUUAACGGCGGGGCGGCAAGGAGGGGCGAGCAGGAUUGAGCGUAGUUGUUAUAUAACGGAGAUCGGAAAGAGAGGAGCAUGGUGCAAUAAAGAGGCAAGGAAAAAAAAAGAAAGGGAAGGAAAAACGAAAUUUAUUUUUCGCACCUUUCGCGAGAGCGAGGCGUACGAAGGCGGUUCUUAUCUGAAGCGUUUAUUUUUCUAUUAGUCGGACGUGUACACGAGGCACAACAAAAGGGGGUGGCUUUCGGACGAUUACCGGUAGACGGAUUUACACGCUGUACAGUGUUGAUACAUACGUAUCGCGAGCGACGUAUGUCAACUAUUAUUAUACAUAUACGUGCAUACGUGUGCGAGAUACGUGUACACGCGGCAUGGUGCGCGCGCGCACGUGUACACGUGUGUCGCGAACAAUCGAUAUAUGCGUAACAAGCACACGUGCGCGACAUACACAUAUAUAUACACACACCUCUCGAUGUCACGAUGUGCAUGUAUGUGUGCAUAUGUAUAAUAACGCAAUAAAAUUAAUACUAAUUACAAGUCGUCA